UAGUGAGGAAGGAACGAGGCUUACGAAGUCGCACGCUGUCAGCUAUGUUAUUGUUUAUUACUGAAAUUACAGUUUUUGAAUUUGUUUAUGGUUGAUGUGUCCUCGUUAAUGCUUUCUACAGACUUGGCUAAGAGGUUGCUUUGUGAAUGUUGCCAGCUGGUGCUCUGAGUACAAGAAGAACCCUAACUACAUGUUUAUUCAAGCCUUCAGUGCGAUGGUUUACUGAAGCUUUAAAAACUCCAACCAGUGUUUGUUGCAGAAAACAAUUUCCUUCUUUUGCUAGACACAGCAAAGCUAGAUUUCUGUAUUACAAAGAAACACACACCACAGUUGAUUCACUCAGCCCUUUUCUUCAUGUAAGGAGAAAUUUCUUUCAGCAUGUCCUCAACGUUAACUGUGCUAGCUCAGAUAGGGUGUGGAUAGCUACCAGGAGCUGUGGGGUCAGAUUUAUUCAUGGUGCGGUUGUCAGGAGUGCAGAGGACAGCACACCUACAGACAGAGGAAAAAUGGUGCGUGUACUCAGUGUUGCAGAGAAGAAUGAUGCAGCAAAGAACUUGGCUGAAAUCAUGUCCCGGGGGGGAUAUAAUAGACGGGAGGGCUAUAGCAAAUUUAACAAGAUCUAUGAAUGGGACAUGAUGCUGCGGGGAGAGCAGUGCCAUAUGGUCAUGACCUCUGUAUCAGGCCAUCUCCUCAACCAGUCAUUCACAGGGCACUACCGCAAGUGGACAAGUUGCAACCCACUGCACCUCUUUGAUGCUCCAGUUGUCAAGAUCUGUCCACAGGACAUGGAGCCCAUCAAGCGUACCUUGGAAAAAGAAGCAAGAGCUGCAACACGCCUGAUAAUCUGGACAGAUUGUGAUCGUGAAGGGGAGAACAUUGGUUAUGAAGUCAUUGAAGUAUGCAAAGCUGUGAAGCCUUCUCUCCAUGUUUUGAGGGCUAAGUUCUCAGAGAUCACGUUUCAGUCAAUCCAGCGGGCAUUACAAUCCCUCGUACCGCCUGACAGGAAGCAGAGUGAUGCCGUAGAUGUACGCAGUGAGCUUGACUUGCGCAUUGGAGCAGCUUUUACACGUUUCCAAACACUCCGCCUGCAGAAGGUUUUCCCACAGGCUUUGGCUGAUACGCUCAUAAGUUAUGGAUCUUGCCAGUUCCCAACUCUUGGCUUUGUGGUAGAGCGUUACAAGGCCAUUCAGGCAUUCAUACCUGAGCAGUUUUGGAAGAUCAAAGUCAGUCAUAAUGGAGAAGAGGGAGUGAUAGACUUUACCUGGGGACGUGUCAGGCUGUUUGAUGAGCUGGCUUGCGAAGUGCUUUUUGAGAUGUGUCAGGAGAAUCCCCAAGCACGUGUGACGAAAAUUACAACCAAACGCAAGAGCAAGUGGCGACCACUGCCUCUUGACACUGUGGAGCUUGAGAAGCUGGCAUCACGAAAACUUCGCAUAAAUGCUAAAGAGACCAUGAAAGUUGCUGAGAAACUCUAUACUCAAGGUUUCAUCAGUUACCCCCGCACAGAGACCAACAUUUUCCCUAAAGAACUAAAUCUUGUGCCUUUGGUUGAGAUGCAGUGCCAAGAUCAGCAGUGGGGAGGUUUUGCUGGUAGGGUGCUGGAGGAGGGGCCUAACCCACGCCAGGGCAGGAAGUCUGACCAGGCCCAUCCCCCCAUCCACCCCACCAAGUAUGCAAGCAACCUACAGGGCAAUGAAAAGCGGCUGUAUGAGUUUAUUGUGCGCCAUUUCCUGGCUUGUCUGAGCAAGGAUGCACAGGGCCAGGAGACCACUGUGGAGAUUGUCAUUGCAGGGGAAGAGUUUACUGCUAGUGGCCUGAUCAUCUUGGAGAGGAAUUACCUGGAGGUGUACCCUUACGACCGCUGGAGUGACAAGGUGAUGCCGCGCUAUGAACAGGGCCAGGUGUUUGAGCCCACUGUCAUUGAAAUGGUUGAUGGGGAGACAUCACCGCCACAGCUGCUUACAGAGGCUGAUCUAAUCGCUCUUAUGGAGAAACAUGGCAUUGGCACUGAUGCGACUCAUGCAGAGCAUAUUGAAACGAUCAAGUCACGCAUGUAUGUGGGGCUGCAGGACUUACGCUUUGUGCCAGGACAGCUUGGGAUGGGCCUUGUUGAAGGCUAUGACUCUAUGGGCUUCCAAAUGUCCAAGCCCAACUUGCGGUCUGAGCUGGAGGCUGAUCUCAAAAGGAUCUGUGAUGGAGUGAAGGACCCCAAGGUCGUCCUGCAGGAGCAAAUUCGCAAAUAUCGGCAGGUGUUUGAAGAGGCUAUGAGGCAGGCAGAGAAGAUUGACACAGCACUUGGCCACUUUCUGAAUGAAGAGCCACGGAGGAACCUACCUGACACACCGAUUCCUGAUGUCCCUCAGUUUGAACCGGUGUGCAAGUGUUCUUCGUGUGGUUGUGAUGUGGUACUGAAGGAGAAACGGGAGGGUCGUGGCUUCUUCCUCUCGUGCCAAGGCUUCCCCGACUGCCGUGUCUGCGUUUGGCUGCCAGACACCAUUCUCUCUGUGGCCGUUGUGGAUGAAACCUGUACUCAGUGUGCAGGCUCACCCAGAAAACUCCGAUUCAAGUUCAAGCCUCGUUCCUAUAUGCCAUACAUCCCUGAUGAGUAUGUGGCAUGCGUGUGUGGCUGCGAUCGGGACUUCCUUGACACACUGGACAUCCGAGCUGUUACUGCUGUAGGGCCACAGGCCUCGCAAGGAGGUGGAGGACGGCCAAGAGCAUCAGGUGCACGGACCUCCCCCAGCAGGAAUUCGUCUUGGGACAGUGGCUACUCGUCUUCAUCGUCCAGCUCUCACCCUGCCACGCUUCCCAAUAGCAACCAGAGAAGGAUUGUAUUCGGGCAGCGUGGCAGCAGCAGCGGCGCCAAUACCAGCACUAGCAACAACCACAACAACAGUUCAUUCCCAUCCCCCUCGUCCACCUUCAAUAGAAGCCCCUUAAGGCCUCAGCGUGGGAGAGGUAGGGGUAGCCGAGGGUCCCAUAAUGCCAGUUCUUCGUCCUGGGACUCGGGAUUCUCGUCCUUCGGUUCCUCUCAGUCACAGCCUCGGCCAACCUGGGGCGGCACUGCCAAUGGUGAUGAGGACCGAGAGAAUGCCAUCGUCUGCAACUGCAACGAGGAUGCCAUCAUGCUCACUGUCAGAAAAGAGGGUCCCAACACAGGUCGACAGUUUUAUAAAUGUUCAAAACCCCAGGGACAAGGCUGCAAUUUCUUCCUCUGGGCUGAUGAUGGAGGAGGAGGAGGAGGAGGUUGGGGAGGAAGUUUUGGAGGAGGAGGAAGCAUGCGAGGUGGAAGGGGAGGUGGAAGCAGCCAGUGGAAUGGAAGUUCCUCAUCGUCCAGCUGGAAUGGAGGCUUCAGUUCAGGAGCCGAUGACAUACCCGAUUGGGAGGGCGCCGUGGUGUGCAACUGCAGUAUUCCAGGCAAAAGACUGACGGUGCAGAAGGAAGGGCCGAACAAAGGGCGGGAGUUCUACGUAUGCAGCAAGGACCGCAGCGAGCAGUGCCGUUUCUUCAAGUGGGCGGACGAAGUGGAUGAAGGAGGAGGUGGUGGUGGUAUGAGUUGGUCGAGUCAAAGUCGCGGCGGCGGCCGAGGGCGGGGCGGCGGCGGCGGGACGAAGCGGAAGGCGCCGGGCGAAGGACCGCGGAAGCGGAGGUGCGGCGUUUGCGGCGAAGAGGGACACAACAGGAAGAACUGCCCGCAGAAUGCGUUUUAAAUAUUUUUGUCUAUCAUUAAAGAAUACUGGUUUUGAUAUUAUGGGCAGUUUUGGGUUCUGUCGGUAUCUUCCGUAAUGCGUGUAUGGUUUCCCAGUGCAAAAUGUAAACAAAAGUGAAAUUGCAAUUUUGUCAUUGUUUUCUACAUAGUGCAGUGUUACGCCUGUAUCAGGAACACAUUCAUUCUCCCAAGUAUCAUUCCUGAAACACAUGCACUGAGCCAAGUGUAUCCAAGCCAGGUGCCGGAAAGUAUAACAUCACAGCUUCUUUUUGGCAAUUUGAUAAAAAAAAAGUGGAAAAAAAAUCAUUGGAUGGAAAAGAAGCAGAAAGAAGAGAGAUAAUGUAGUUUUUUUUUUGGUUUUACAGACUUUGCUGAUGGUAAUAAACUGGAAAUAUUUUCUCAGUACUUAGAUAUACCCGUCAUUGGAAUCCUUAGUUCAAAAAGUGUCAUUUGUAAAUACCUAAGAUGUAUUAUUUUUACUUGACAUUUAUUUGCCAUGGGAAUAGUUAUAUAUAUAAGACUGCUUUUUGUAACAGACCCAGAUAUGAUUUGAAUUUGGUGAGACGACAUUAUUAACAGACUGAAGAAUCUGUAUCUUAUUAUUUUGUGUAGAAACAUCAUGAGAAUUAGCUUGGUAUGCAUUUACAGAAAGGUCCACUAUGUUAGGUACAGAGCACACUAUAAAUAGCUAUAUAUAUAUAUAUGAAAUACAAAUGUAAAUACGGUUUUGUAACAUUCAUGUAAUUAACACGUUAUAUAUUUGAAUUACAA